CGUAAGGGAAAUCGCACACGCCAUCCGGGGAAGAGGAGCAGGAAAUCACUUCUUGUUUUUCAAACAGAAGCAAGCCUCUCACAGUUGGCGCUGUGAGGCUCGGAGGACCACGGCAGGGGAGGCGCAGGACAGGGGUGAGGCUGAGCUUGGCACGGAGCUGCCAGUCCUGCCUGAGCCCUCACAAUGAAUCCUGCUUGGCUUUGCCUUCAUCGGGUGUAGGUUUUCUUGGAGACCGCGGGGCAAAUGGCCUCAUAGUGGAAACCUGGAUGGUCUUAGGCGUCUGAUCAGAGCAGAAGGCAGCCUGGGGACUGCAGUGCUGGACAGGCAAAGCAACUCAGUCCUAAAGAAAUGAAAUCCCCAAGGAGAACCACAUUGUGCUUCAUGAUUAUUGUGAUUUAUUUUUCCCAAGCUACACUGAACUUGAAUUUAGAGUCUAUUGUUCAUCCCUUGAUUCUCCGUGAACAUAAACCAGCAGGGAAGGAGCUACUAAGACAAAAAAGAGCAGUAGCCUCAAGUAGCCCAGCAGCUGAAGAGUAUACCGUUGAUGUGCAGAUCAGUUUUGAAAAUGCCUCCUUCCUGGAGCCUAUCAAAGCUUACUUGCACAGCCUCAGUUUCCCAAUUCAAGGGAAUAGCACUGACCAAGCCACCAACAUUUUAAACAUUGAGGUGACAACAGUCUGCAGACCUACUGGGAAUGAAAUCUGGUGCUCCUGUGAGACAGUCUAUAGGUGGCCUCAGGAAAAGUGCCUCCAAAAUCUCACUUGUCAAGAGCAUGACAGUGUCCCUGCAGGGCAUCACUGCAGUUGCCUUAAAGGAUUACCUCCCAAGGGACCUUUCUGCCAGCUCCAAGGAGCAGAUGUUACCCUAAGAAUGUCAGUCAGACUCAAUGUGGGCUUUCAAGAAGACCUCAAGAACACUUCCUCUGCUCUCUAUAGGUCCUACAAGACUGACUUGGAAACAGCGUUCUGGAAAGGUUACAGUAUUUUACCAGGCUUCAAAUUGGUGACUGUGACAGGGUUCAGGCCUGGAAGUGUGGUUGUGACAUAUGAGGUCCAGACGACAACACCAUCACCCGAAUUAAUGCAUAAAGCAAACGAGCAAGUAAUGCAGAACCUUAAUCAGACCUACAAAAUGGACUACAGCUCCUUUCAAGCAGUUACUAGCAAUGAAACGAAGUUCACCAUCAUACCAGAAAUCAUUUUUGAAGGGGACACGGUAAAUCUGGUGUGUGAAAACGAAGUUUUGUCCUCUAACGUGACCUGGCACCACGUCGAAAGGCGCUCUGACUUGCAGAACAGCAGCAGAUUCUCGGUGUACAGCGCCGUGCUCAACAACGUGACCUCAGUAUCGCGCCUCACCAUUUACAACAUCACUCCGGGCGAUGCAGGUGAAUAUAUUUGCAAGCUGACAUUAGAUAUUUUUGAAUAUGAGUCCAGAAAAAAAAUAGAUGUCACGCCCAUCCGAAUUUUGGCAACUGAAGAAAUGAAGGUGACGUGCGACAACAAUCCUGUAUCUUUGAACUGCUGCAGUGAGAUUAAUGUUAAUUGGAGCGCGAUAGAAUGGAAGCAGGAGGGGAAAAUAAACAUUCCAGGCAACCCUGAAACUGACCUAGAGUCCGGCUGCAGCAGGUACACCCUCAGGGCGGAUGGGACUCAGUGUCCCAGCGGGUCAGCUGGAACGACGGUCGUCUAUGCGUGUGAGUUCGUCAGCAGCCACGGGGCCAGAGGCGGCAAGAACAUAGAAGUGACAUUCACCUCUGUGGGAGAUAAUCCCAGCCACAAAGGGGAAGUGCACGAGUUCCCAAGGCAGGAGAUGGAAAUGAGUACAGUUGAGAGCAUCACCGGGAACAGCGUAGAAACAAAGAAAACCCAGGAGCCGCAAGCCAACCUAACAAUAACCCCGGACCCAAUUUCUGUUUCUGAGGGACAAAAUUUUUCCAUAAAGUGCAUCAGUGAUGUGAGUAACUAUGAUGAGGUGUACUGGAACACUUCUGCUGGAAUUAAAAUAUACCAAAAGUUUUAUACCACGAGGAGGUCUGCUGCUGGAGCAGAGUCGGUGCUGAGAGUGAAGAUCGCGACCCGGGAAUGGAAUGGAACCUAUCAUUGCGUGUUUAGAUAUAAGAAUUCGUACAGUGUCGCGACGAAAGAUGUGACCGUUCACCCGCUGCCUCUAGAGCCAGACAUCAUGGUGGAUCCUCUGGAGGCUACAGUUCCAUGCAAAGGUUCCCAUCACUUCAGGUGCUGCAUUGAGGAGGACGAAGACUACAAAGUAACUUUCCAAAUGGAUUCCUUAUCCUUUCUUGCCGAAAAAGAAGUUAAAGGAAAGCAAGUGUGUUACAAAUACAAUUUCAUGGCAAGCUCAGUUUCCAGGUGUCCAAAAAAGCUGGACAUAUUUUGUCACUUUACCAAUGCUGCUAAUAAUUCAGUCCGGAGCUCACCUAUGAAGCUUAACCUGGUUUCUGGAGAGAAGAUCAUGUGCCGAGAUCCCACAAUAGGUGUUGGGGAGCCUGGGAAAGUCAUCCAGAAACUAUGCCAGUUCUCAAACGUACCCAGCAGCCCUGGAGGUCCCACUGGCGGGAUCAUGACUUACAAAUGUGUAGGCUCCCACUGGGAGGUGAAGAAAAAUGACUGCAUCUCUGCCCCAAUAAAUAGUCUGCUCCAGCUGGCCAAGGAUUUGAUCAAGAGCCCCUGUCAGGAUACGAAGCUUCCCACAUACCUGAAGGAUCUUUCUGUCAGCACAGGCAAGAUGAAACAUGAAGUCAGCUCAUUUCCUGGGAGCCUGGGAGCCAUCAUUAACAUCCUGGAUUUGCUCUCAACAGUUCCAACCCAAGUGAAUUCAGAAAUGAUGACGAAUGUUCUCUCUACGGUUAACACCAUCCUUAGCAAGCCCAUGUUGAGUACCUGGCAGGUGUUCCAACAGCAACAGACCAACCAGAGCUCACAGCUCCUGGAUUCAGUAGAAAGAUUUUCCCGAACAUUACGGUCUGAAGAUAGCACUUUUUUGUCUAUCAACCAAACGAAUGUGCAGAUGAGGAGCAUGGUAAUAAAACCUGGCCCUCCAAAAACCUACAAACAGAGCUUUGUUUUCUCGGACUCGGACCUCUGGGGCAAUGUGGCCAUUGACAAGUGUGAGCUGGGAAGUCUGCAGUGGGGUUCGUCUAUUGUCACUGUGGCUUUCCCAACUCUCAAAACCAUCCUCACUCAGGAUGGGCAAGGAAAGAACAUUGCAAACAGCUUAGUGAUGACAACUACUGUUAGCCACAAUAUAACCCUGCCAUUCCGGAUUUCAAUGACUUUUAAGAACAUCAACCCUUCAGGUGGGGUACCACAAUGUGUCUUCUGGAAUUUCAACCUUGCCAACUACACAGGGGGGUGGGAUAGUAGUGGGUGUUAUGUGAACAGAGUCGAUGGGGACAGUGUCUCCUGCAUCUGUGACCACCUCACAUCAUUCUCCAUCCUCAUGUCCCCUGACUCUCCAUACCCUGGUUCCCUCCUGGAAAUACUACUGGAUAUCAUUUCCUACAUUGGGUUGUGCUUUUCCAUCUUGAGCUUAGCAUCCUGUCUAGUGGUGGAAGCCGUGGUGUGGAAAUCCGUGACCAAGAAUCGGACUUCCUAUAUGCGCCACAUCUGCAUAGUGAACAUUGCCGCCUCCCUUCUGGUGGCCGACAUCUGGUUCAUUGUGGCCGCUGCCAUCCACGACCAUUUUUACCCUCUCAACGAGACAGCCUGUGUGGCCGCCACCUUCUUCAUCCACUUCUUCUACCUCAGCGUCUUUUUCUGGAUGCUGACUCUGGGCCUCAUGCUCUUCUACCGCCUGGUUUUCAUUCUGCAUGACACAAGCAAGUCCAUUCAGAAGACUAUUGCAUUUUCUCUUGGCUAUGGCUGCCCUCUUGUCAUCUCAGUCAUCACAGUGGGGGCCACCCAACCCCAAGAAGUCUACACCAGGAAGAAUGCCUGCUGGCUCAACUGGGAGGAUACCAAGGCCCUGCUGGCCUUUGUCAUCCCAGCACUGAUCAUCGUGGUAGUGAACAUGACCAUCACAGUUGUGGUCAUCUCCAAGAUCCUGAGACCUUCCGUUGGAGACAAGCCAAGCAAGCAGGAGAAAAGUAGCCUGUUUCAGAUCAGCAAGAGCAUUGGGGUCCUCACGCCACUCUUGGGGCUCACCUGGGGUUUUGGCCUUGCCACUGUGUUCCAAGGAAGCAAUGCUGUGUUCCAUAUUAUAUUUACGCUCCUCAAUGCCUUUCAGGGAUUAUUCAUUUUACUCUUUGGAUGCCUCUGGGAUCAGAAGGUCCAGGAAGCCUUGCUAAAGAAGUUUUCACUGUCAAGAUGGUCUUCGCAGCACUCAAAGUCAACAUCCCUAGGUUCAUCGACACCCGUAUUUUCUAUGAGUUCUCCAAUAUCAAGAAGAUUUAACAAUUUGUUUGGUAAAACAGCAGCCCCAAAGGGCCCCCAGGCAGUGAUGGAAACCUUGUUAGCAGUGGCAGCUCACCAAUCUGAUGGAACGUACAAUGUUUCCACCCCAGAAGCAACCAGCUCAUCCCUGGAAAACACAUCCAGUGCUUACUCCUUGCUCAACUAAGAACAAGAAAAACGACCUAUGUGACUUCUUUAAGGGACAGUGGAUAUGCUCGGAAAAAAAAAAAAAAAAAUCCUUUCAAAGCCGAGGGUAAAAUGUUUUCUCUGCAGGCUUCCUGGAGCAGAUGCUGAAGAGCCUCUUUCAUUAGGGAAAAGAAGCUUUCUUUCAUAAAGACAGACUAAAAACGUAAUUGUUAAGUUUAUUUGCAUCCCCACCCCCCACCUCUUGUGUGAUACUAAAUGUGUACAGUAUUUAAGUGAGAUUCAAGUCCCCAGAGGCCCAAAUUCCCUGUCUAUAUUGUAAAAUAGAAUUUCAAAGAGACAUUUUUACUUUUCACACGUUGGGCACAAAAAUAAGCUUUGAUUAAAAUAAUAAGCACAAGCCUAGUACCGAGGAAAUACUUCAGUGAACUCUUAGAAGGAGGGAAGGAAAGAAGGAAGGACACAGGAAAAAAGAAAAAUACAGAGAAAAACAAUAAGAACCACGUUUUAAAAAUUUCCAUGUUAACGUAAUUAUUCUGAUACUGCAACAUGGAGAAUACAAAAAUGGCUCAAAAACAGAAACUGAAAUAAACCACGGAGAAGGUUUGGUAUUUUCUUGUUAUUUUCUUAGCUACAGGAGAAAAUUUUCUUAGAAAGGCAGUGGGAAGAGAUUGGGAGGAAAUUGUAACAUCAGGAUGCUUUCAAGUGGAUAAUAAUAUUUACAAGAAAUUCAUGGAAGGAGAUGUAAUUCUCCUGAUGCUAAACACACACACAUAUGCUGGUGCACAUGAAGUUUUGAGCUCAGGGGAGGGAGCAGGCAGAGGAAAUGGGAUAGCCAUGCUUUAUCAGAUCUAAGCAGAUCCAACUGCUAGUUACAUUUUUUACCGUUUAUCGGAAAAGCCUUAUCUUUUGGUUUGUUCCACUUUUUGAAGGCAAAAAAUAUAUGUAUUUUUAUAUGCAUCACUUGCCAAAUGUGACAUAAGGUGAUAUGAAUGUGAUAUAUUGUACUGGAAACAGAUCCCGACUGUCGUGUAAUGUAUUUAACAGCUUUAACCAGGUACUUCCCUGUGCAUUAGAAUAGAUUUUCAUAAUCUUAUGGCGUUGUUUAUCAUUGUUGUUGCUACUGUGGAUUUAGUGGCCCUUGGUGUGUGGUCUAGCUCCCUAUGUAUUAGCUCUUUCAGUCCUUAAGUUCCAAGACCAAUAUACGGUCAGAGUUUUGCCUUGUCUAAUUUGUGUUUAUUCCAACCACUUGGAAAUCUUCUGAAAUGAAAUGUUACAGUUGGCUACUCUGUGCUCCCAAUGACACUUGACCUUGAUGAGCAGAUGGUGGCGCUUUCCCCGAGGAUUUGGUUGUCUCUGAAUUAUGUGCAUGUGUGUGUGUUGUUUGUGGUGUGUGCAUUUCAUAAAAAUACAAAUAUUUAUUAAAAUUGCAUCCAUAUUAAAGUUAAGCAUGUGCUGUAGCCACAGCAACCAUACAUUCCAAAUUGAAGUCUGAUCCCAGAGACAGGGUGAAAUGGAAUAAAAAUGUGGGGCUACUUGAGGAACGUGGGCCGUGGGGUCUUCAUAAGGACUGAGAACCAGCAGGAUCCAACCAUCAGGAAGGUGGGACAGAUGAGGCUGCAAUGCAGCAACCUUUUAUUUAUUGAGUUUCAAAAGAGUUUUCUUUCGCUAUUUUAGCUCUUUAACCUCUCUUCUUUUUAUUUUUAAUUUUAAAUUCUACUUCUGCCCCUCUUUUCUUCAGGGGGAGAAACAGGUGGGGCAGACAGAAGUCCUAAUAGUGUUUCAAGUAAACGCGCUCUUCGUUUCUACACGUUCACAAACAACGCAGACAUCUACUCCCACGCUUGCCAGGAAAUUGUCACAAAGGAAAUGAUUAAGCUAUAAAAUUCUCCAAGGAUGGUCAGCUUUGGGCAGAACUCAGUACCGAGGAGACAGAGCCAGAGGCUAGGCUGGAGGAUGAACGGGAUGAGAAUUAGAGGUUCGAGAGAGAAUGGCUUUGACCAAUCUGAUUCCUGGAGUAAUCUCAGGGACAACAGAGGCAAGGUUAUACAGUACAAUGUGUUGAGCCUGGCCAUCGUGACAUGAUGGGCCAGAGAAAGCAUAGCGCCCAGCAGGGGCUCCAAAACAACAAUGGGGCAAGGAACAUUGAACUUCCAGCCACAACAGUAGGGGUCCUUUGGGAACCAUUGUGUUGUGAAGGCAACCUCUAUAAUGGCAGGAACCUUCGCAGCGUUCAUAGCAUGUGGAUUUGGCCCUUUGCCCACAUGCAUUAACUGAGGCACGUUCCCUUACCCCCAGCACACACACAUACACACAUAUGUGUGCACGUGCUUUCUAGCUUUCAAGCCACAACACCAGAUCCAAAUUCCAGAAAACCUAUGAAAACAAAAACUUAGAGACAUACUUGCUGGUGUUCUGCUCAACUGCAAGAUACAUGGUUCAACCACUGCUGUUUGCCAAGAAUAUCUUAAAGUAAACAAUAGAACUCAAUAUUGUAAAAGAGAGUGGUCCAUGAAUCUGUGAGCUCCGUGAAAGCAGGAACCCUGCCUGGUCCUGUGUUCACUAGUUCUCAAUCAACAAUGAUUGCAAGGCUUUUAGCAGCCGAUUUCUGAGGAAGAGGAGGAAGGAAUGUCAGCUCUGAUGUUGGUACAAAGUGAGAUGUGUGGUCUGCCCUGCUUGCAAAGUGCGCAGGACUUCCCCAUGUGCCUGACCUCUCAGUGGGUAAAGUCAGUUCCAUGGGCCAAAACUUAACUUGCAUUAAGGGCCUUCUAUUAAGUCAGUUUCUUGCAAAGGGAUCUGUGCUAAUGCUUCAGAGCUUGUGAGGUAAGAGCAUUCACAAAGGAGCAAUUAAUCUAAGCUACAGAAAUAUUCUCUGGGAAUACGGUUAAGUCAGUGUAACACACCAUGUCCUGAAGGAGUCAUGUCUGCCACCCUCCUCCCCAUUUCUUAUAUAUGGAGAAAGAGGUAAAUAACGACCCACGGGGUUUUCAGGAUACAAGCUGCUAAGGCCAGAAAUUAAGAAACACUAGGAAAUCCUAGCCUUUUGUAGUUUGUGUAGAGAACUUCAGAGAGAUCGGUGUUGGAAGGUCAAAAAAAAAAAAAAAGUGACAUGGGAAUGAGAAAGAUCACAGCGACCAGGAAGUGCAGACGCAGGGGAGGGAGUUAUUUGGGGUGAGAGGAGCAGAAAGUCACAACCAUUGGGGAAGACAAAAGGAAACAAUUAUGGUCCCAGAAAUCCAGUGUAGAUGGAAUGCGUUUGAUUUGUGGCACGUGAAGGUGAUGUCAGACAGAAUUCCAAAGGGAGCCGUGACCCAGGCCAAUGGAAGGCUGAUUCCCUGAGUGUCCAAAAUAAACGAGGGGCUUACAGUGGAUGUUAUCUUUCUUAGGUAUUUUUUAAAAAGUCAAUGAAAAUAGUGUCUCAUCAUUUGAAAGACUAGUUAGCUUUGGAAUGAGAUGCUAAAGGUUUCUAACAGUAUGACUUGGGAUAUUAAAUCAUGUCAUAAGAGUAUGCCAGCAUACAGCUCUGUGUCCUAUCCAUGCUUAUUACAAUAAAAUAUCUAGCAAGAUCUCA